CACACACACACACACACACACCUGCGGGAGGAGCUGCGCUGCGGAGCGGAGCGGAGCGCUGCGGGGCUUGAGACCGGCUUCGCUCACACUCAACUUGGGCAUCAUCAUCAUCGGCGCUGGCGGAUAGCGGAUCUGCUCGGGACUACAUCCAGCCACGAUGUCCGACUUUAUUUUGGCAUUUCUGAGCAUGUCGGGAUUAAUUCUGCUGGUUAAAACACUGACAGUGGCUGGGGCUGAGCAAGUGUGUGACGUGGAGGAAUAUCUAUGUGCGGACGGACACAGCUGUGUUUCUGAGAGCUGGCUGUGUGACGGGGAGCACGACUGCCCUGACGGCUCUGAUGAAACGCCAACCAUAUGCUUGCGGCAGGUAAAGGUGAGAUGUCCCGUCAAUCACCUCAAGUGCCUCGGCUCGCACAGGUGUGUUCAUUUCAGUAAAUUCUGCAAUGGAGUACGAGACUGCGAGGACGGCUAUGAUGAGGGUGUGCAUUGCCGCGAGUUGGUGCGUAGCUGUAAGGAGCGGAGGUGUCAGUUUGACUGUGUGAUCAUGAGAAACGGGACGUCCUGUUUCUGCGGGGAAGGUUUCGAACUGGACAAGGAUGGGAGACGGUGUCGAGAUCAUGAUGAAUGCAGGGAUUAUGGGACAUGCAGUCAGAUCUGUAUGAACACGCAGGGAUCGUACAGAUGCGCUUGCACAGAUGGCUUCAGCCUGCAGGCCAACAAACGAUCCUGCAAAGCCAAAACAGAUCCUGGUGAUAAACCUCCGGUUCUGUUGACAGCAAAUAUGAAUUAUAUAUCAGUUGUUUACCUCAAUGGAUCAUCUAUGCCAAAUAUCAAGUCCAUGGAGACAAAUGGGACUCAAAUAUUGGACUUUAUUUAUAGAGAAGAGUCACUCUGUUGGCUCUCAUUGGCACAGGAUACAGGUCAGCUGUGGUGUGCCCGCAUUACCAAACUCAAAGGCUUUUCAGAAAAACGCCAGAUACGGAUAGGUCAGAACCUGCAAAAUGUGGAGCAUAUGGCCAUCGACUGGUUGACAGGAAACUUCUACUUCGUAGACAGAGUGAACGACCGGAUAUUCGUGUGCAGUGAACAGGGAGAUGCAUGUGCCACCAUCAUUGACCUGGACAUCCAGAACCCUAAAGGCCUAGCGUUGGAUCCAAUCAUGGGAAAACUCUUUUUCACGGACUAUGGGACGGUAGCCAAGGUGGAGCGCUGCAACAUGGACGGCACCAACCGAACCAGGAUUGUGGAGUAUAAAACUGAACAGCCGACUGCCGUGACAUUGGACUUGGUUAAGAAGCUUGUCUACUGGACAGAUGCUUAUCUGGAUUUUAUCGAAGUUGUGGAUUACAAUGGCAAGAACAGACAAAUGGUCAUCCAAGGAAACUCGGUGUUCCUGUUUUACGGGAAAGGACGACCUGGGGUUAUCCGAGGUCUGGAUAUGAAUGUCAAGUCUGGAGAUGAACAUUUGAUUCAAAUCGAAGGGCUCGUGAGUCCCAGAGCGCUGGAUUUCCAUGCAGAGAGUAGCUACAUCUAUUUUGCCGACACCACAAGCUUCCUAAUUGGACGGCAGAAGAUUGACGGAACUGCUCGGGAAACGAUCCUUAAGGAUGAGCUGGAUAAUGUUGAGGGUAUUUCAGUAGACUGGAUCGGUAAUAACCUGUUCUGGACAAAUGACGGUUAUAGAAAGACCAUCAGUGUGGCCGGGCUGGACCGGCCCUCGCAGACCAGGAGAACGCUUUUAGAAGGCAAUAUGUCCCAUCCCAGGGCCAUUGUUGUGGAUCCUCUAAACGGAUGGAUGUAUUGGACGGACUGGGAGGAGGAUGAGUUAAUUGACAGCAGAGGGAGGAUAGAGAAAGCCUGGAUGGAUGGAUCUCACCGUCAGAUCUUUGUCACAUCCAACAUGCUGUGGCCCAACGGCCUCACUCUGGACCACUCCUCCAGCGUCAUGUACUGGUGUGAUGCCUACUAUGACCACAUUGAGAAAAUCUACCUCAACGGCAGCCACAGAACGGUGGUGUACAGCGGGAAAGAGUUGAAUCACCCAUUUGGGAUUGCGCAUUACCAGAAUUACAUAUUCUGGACGGAUUACAUGAACGCCUCAAUAUUCCGUCUGGAUUUGUCAUCCAAUGAUGUUGCCCUACUGCGAGCAGAAAGACCUCCUCUCUUCGGGAUUCAGGUGUAUGACCCGCAGAGCCAGAAAGGUAAUAACCAAUGUUCAGCAAAUCACGGGGGCUGCAGCCCUUCGGCUCUAUGCCUCGCUACGCCUGCAGGCCAUGUGUGCACCUGCGCAGACGACCAACAUCUGGAGAAAGACAACGUCACCUGUUCAUCCCCAUCAGAGGUCACUAAGACAAAGCGCUGCGGCCCAGCGGAGUUUCAGUGCCAGAACCAGCGUUGCAUUCAGCUCUCGUGGAAGUGUGAUGGGGAUGAUGACUGCUCAGACGGCAGCGAUGAAGAUCCACACCUCUGCUCUAAUCGCAGCUGCCCAGCGGACCAAUUUAAAUGCCUGAACAACCGCUGUAUCCCGAAGAGAUGGCUGUGUGACGGCACCGACGAUUGCGGCAGCAACGAGGAUGAGUCCAACCGCACCUGCUCAGCCCAAACCUGCCAGCCAGGCCAGUUUCCCUGCGAGAAUGGACGCUGCAUCCCGGAGAACUGGCGCUGUGACCGUGACGAUGACUGCGGGGAUCAGUCAGAUGAGUCUUCGACAUGUGAUUUCCCAACUUGUGAACCGCUGACCCAGUUCGGCUGUACUAAUGGGAGAUGCAUCAGUGUGAAAUGGCAGUGUGAUUCCGAGGAUGACUGUGGGGAUGGCAGUGAUGAGGUGGGCUGCGUUCACGCCUGUUCGGUGGCUCAGUUUCAGUGCUCCAGCGGGAAGUGCAUCCCUGAGCACUGGAUGUGUGACGGGGACAAUGACUGUGGUGACCUCAGCGACGAGAACACCACCUGCUCUAGGACAGCGCUCUCUGCCGUUAACGACUGCAGCGAGAGAGAGUUCCACUGCCGUGGUGACGGCACAUGCGUUCCCGAAAUAUGGCGCUGCGACGGAGACAAAGACUGUGAGGACGGUAGCGAUGAAUUUGCCUGUGAGGGAGCCAAGAGAAUGUGUGACCCCAAGGCAAAGUUCACCUGCAAGGUCUCAGGGAAAUGCGUUAGUAAGGACUGGGUGUGCGACGGAGACAUCGACUGCGAGGACCAAUCGGAUGAGGAGGGAUGUGAAAUGUCCGUCUGUAAGCCUCCAAAGUUUCCCUGCGGCAAUGACACGUCUGUGUGCCUCCCGCCAGAGCGAAUCUGUAACGGUUGGAGGGACUGCGCGGACCAUUCCGACGAGGGACCAUACUGUGAUGAGUGUUCAGUGAGGAAGGGCGGCUGCAGUCACGAGUGCUCAGUGGCGCCGGGUAAAGGGGUCGUGUGUUCCUGUCCGGCCGGGUUCCAGCUGGGUUUGGACGGCCGGAUAUGUGAAGUCCUGGAUUACUGUACCAAGCACCUACGCUGCAGCCAAGUGUGCGAACAACACAAGAAUACUGUGAAAUGCUCCUGCUAUCCAGGCUGGAGUCUUGGACCCGAUGGAGACAGCUGUUAUAAUACAGAUCCUUUUGAGGCAUUCAUCAUUUUUUCCAUCAGACACGAAAUUCGCCGCAUAAACCUGCAAAGGGGCGACUACAGCCUGUUGGUCCCCGGGCUCAGGAACACCAUCGCUUUGGAUUUCCAUUUCAGCCAGAGCCUGCUGUAUUGGACCGAUGUCGUAGAGGACAAAAUUUACCGUGGGAAGCUGUCAGAAGGCAGUGGUGUUUCGUCAAUCGAGGUGGUCGUCCAGCAUGGUCUAGCCACUCCAGAAGGCCUUGCUGUUGAUUGGAUAGCGGGAAAUCUCUACUGGAUUGACAGUAACCUGGACCAGAUUGAGCUGUCCAAGCUAAAUGGCGAAUUACGAACCACCCUCAUCGCCGGGGGUAUGGAACACCCUCGGGCCAUCGCUGUGGACCCUGGCCAGGGUGCCUUGUUCUGGACCGAUUGGGACGCCACAUUUCCUCGCAUCGAAGGUGCUUCCAUGAGCGGGAAACAGCGGCAUGUGGUUUUCAAGGACAUGGACUCCGGCGCUUGGCCCAACGGACUGACCUUGGACCACAUGGAGAGCAGGAUAGUAUGGACAGACGCCCGAUCUGACGCUAUAUACUCUGCUCUAUAUGACGGCACGGGGAUGAUUGAAAUUCUUCGAGGCCACGAGUUCCUCUCUCACCCCUUCGCUGUGUCUCUCUUUGGAGGGAACGUCUAUUGGACCGACUGGAGGACCAACACUUUGACCAAAGCCAACAAAUGGACCGGAGCCAAUGUAACUGUGAUCCAAAAAACCAGCGCCCAACCCUUCGAUCUGGAGAUAUACCAUCCUAGCAGGCAGCCACAAAGUAAGAAACUGUCAUUCAAAAGUGUGAAGAAGUUUCUGUUAUAUGCUCGGAGAUCUGAGAUUCGAGGAGUGGACAUCGACAACCCGUACCUCAACGUCAUCAUGGCCCUCACCGCACCCGAUAUCGAUGACGUCUCGGCGAUGGAUUACGAUGCUGGAGACGAGAGGAUUUACUGGGCCGAUGUGAAGACCAGAACUAUAAAACGGGCGUUCAUUAACGGAACCAAACUCGAAACCGUCCUAUCAGGAGACCUAUCUAAUGUCCGUGGCCUGGCUAUUGAUUGGCUAUCCAGAAACAUGUACUGGAUGAGCUCAGACAACGACGAGACCCACAUUAACGUCGCCCGUCUUGACGGAUCUCUCAAAAACACUGUCGUUCACGGGAUGGACAAACCCAAGUGUCUCGUCCUGCAUCCAUCUAAAGGGAAGAUGUUCUGGAUGGAUGGGGGCACUGUAAAUAUGGCCAAUAUGGAUGGCAGCAACAUCAAGAUUUUGCACCAGAACCAGAAGGAGCCCGUGGGGCUGUCUAUCGACUACUCGGCCAGCAAGCUGUACUGGAUGAGUUCCGGAAACGCAACCAUUAAUAGGUGUAACCUGGAUGGGGGUGGCCUGGACGUGAUUGACAGCUUGAAAAAAGACCUGCGGAAAGCUACGGCAUUAGCAGUGAUGGGUGGGAAGUUAUGGUGGGCAGACGAUGUUCUCGCUCAGCUGGGAACCGUUAACAAGAGGGACGGAAAAAACCUGACGGUUCUUCGGAAUAAGACCACAGGCGUCGUCCACAUCAAAGUGUAUGACAAAGACAGUCGGAAAGGUCGCAAUCCUUGUGUACCGAACAACGGCGGAUGUUCCCAGCUUUGCCUUCCCACUUCUGAAACAACACGGACGUGUUCUUGUACUACGGGCUACAACCUUCGUCCGGACCGCUCCACCUGUGAAGGUCUUCAGUCUUUCCUGAUGUACUCCAUUAAUGAAGGUAUAAGAGGACUGUCUCUUGAUCCCAGCGAUAACUCUGAAGUUUUGAUGCCGCUAACUGGCACUCUGUUCGCCGUGGGUCUGGACUAUCAUGCCGGAAAUGACACGUUGUACUGGACAGACAUGGGCUCCAACAGAAUCUCUAGAUCCAGUCGAGAUCAGACCUGGAGAGAGGACAUCAUCACAAGCGGUCUCGGACGUGUUGAAGGACUAGCAGUGGACUGGAUUGCAGGUAAUAUUUACUGGACGGACCAUGGCUUUAAUCUCAUCGAGGUUGCACGAUUGAACGGCAUGUACCGCGCCGUGGUGAUAUCUGACGGUCUUGAUCAACCCAGAGCCAUUGCUGUACACCCAGUGAAAGGAGGUUCUAGAGUACUGUCUUCAACCUGUUCAAACCAGCCAAUGGACUGUUUGAUCAACGAGCGCAUCCUUAUGUCUGUCAUUGCCGUCUAUGUUCCAAAGCCAUCAAAUGAACACAAUUUAAAGCGGAUGAAAGAUGUGAAGGUCUUUAACCAGGAUCGGGAGAAAGGUACGAACGCUUGCAGCAGAGCGAAUGGAGGAUGCCAGCAACUUUGUUUUUACUUGGGGAAUAACCGGAAAACUUGUGCUUGUGCUCACGGAUAUCUUGCUCAGGAUGGACUCAGGUGCAACAGGUACGAGGGUUACCUGCUCUACUCUGAGAGGACCAUUUUGAGGAGUAUUCAUCUAUCGGACGAGAAUAACCUCAACUCGCCCAUCAGGGCAUACGAGAACCCAAAUUAUUUUAAAAACGUUAUAGCUUUGGCCUUUGAUCAUCGUCAGAAAGUGCACGGAACCAAUCGGAUUUUCUUAAGCGAUGUUCAUUAUGGAAAUAUACAAGUCAUCAAUGACGACUGGACAGGACAACGCGUCAUUGCUGAGAAUGUUGGUUCUGUGGAGGGGCUGGCGUACCACCGAGGAUGGGACGUCCUGUACUGGACGAGCUCCACCACAGCCACCGUCACCCGUCACAGCAUUGACCAGACCAGACCAAACGCCUUCAACCGAGACACGGUGGUCUCCCUGUCUGAGGAGGACCAUCCACACGUCCUCACUCUGGACGAAUGCCAGAACUUGAUGUUCUGGACUAACUGGAACGAGCAGAAGCCGAGCAUCAUGAGGUCAACUUUAACCGGCCAGAACGUCCUCAUCAUUGUUAGCAUGGAUGUCAUCACCCCUAAUGGACUCACCAUCGACCACAAAGCUGAAAAGCUGUAUUUUUCUGACGGCAGUCUCGGCCACAUCGAGAGGUGUGAUUACGAUGGCUCGCACAGAUACGUCAUUGUGAAAUCAGGACCCGGAACGUUCUUUGGCUUGACAAUUUACAAAGACUUCAUCUUCUGGUCCGACUGGACGCGGCGGGCCGUGAUCCGCUCUGAUAAGUUCACCGGAGCCAAUACGAAAGUCCUCCGUGCGGACAUCCCUCAUGAACCGAUGGGAAUCGUUGCUGUUUCCAACGACACCAACAGCUGUGAGUCAUCCCCCUGCAGCGUGAAUAAUGGAGGGUGCCAUGAUCUCUGUCUGUUGACUCCUCUUGGUGUGGUAAACUGUACUUGCCGUGGAGAACGGAUGUUACUGGAUGAUAACAGAUGUGUAUCUCUGAACUCCUCCUGUAACAUCCACUCUGAGUUCCAGUGCGGGAAUGGGGAAUGCAUCGAUUUCCAACUGACAUGUGAUGGCAUCGCGCACUGCAAAGACAGGUCGGAUGAGAAGAUGCAGUAUUGCGAUUCCUCGUGUUCGUCCUCUGAGCGACGUUGUGCAGACGGCUCCUGUAUUCCCGCGUCAUCUUGGUGUAAUCAGAUCAUCGAUUGCGCUGACGCAUCGGACGAGAAAAUCUGUAAUAGCACAGACUGCAUGGAAUACUACAGACUGGGUUCUCGCGCCAGCAACAAUGAGAGGUUUCUAAGCUGCAAUUCCACGUCGCUGUGUGUUCAUCCCUCCUGGAUCUGUGACGGAGCCAACGACUGUGGGGAUUACGCAGACGAAAUACACUGCCACGCUUCUUCAGUCCAUACGUGUGACGACGGCCAUUUCGCGUGUCCCAGUGGAAACUGCAUCUCCAGCGUCUGGAUGUGCGAUGGACAGAAAGACUGCGAGGACGGAGCGGAUGAAUUUCAAUGCGAUUCAUCGUGCCUUUGGAAUCAGUUCGCCUGCUCGAAAAACAAGUGCAUCGCCAAACAGUGGCUCUGUGACGGGGAGGACGACUGUGGUGACGGAUUGGAUGAAAGCGAGGAAAUUUGCGGUUCGGCAACAUGUAUGCCCGGUUUGUUUAGUUGCCCAGGAUCGUACGCUUGUGUACCCAGGAACUGGUUAUGUGAUGGGGAGAGAGAUUGUCCCGAUGGUAGCGAUGAACUGGCAGUAGCUGGCUGUGCUCCGAACAACACGUGCACCGAGAGCACGUUCCAGUGCCGGAACCAGAACUGCGUCCCGCGGCGUUUCGUGUGCGACCAUGACGACGACUGCGGAGAUGGUUCUGACGAGUCUCUAGAAUGCGAAUAUCGUUUAUGCAAAGAGGAGGAGUUCCGCUGUGCAGAUGGGAGGUGUUUAUUGAGAGCCCAAUGGGAGUGUGACGGCUUCCCCGACUGUCUGGACCAAUCAGACGAGCUGCCACUCAACCCAAAGUGUUCCGCUGCAGAAAGUUUGUGCAACGGGUCAGUUUUCAUGUGCGCAAACGGCCGCUGCGUUCCACUGGGAAGCGUGUGUAAUCAGCACGACGACUGCGGGGACCGAUCUGACGAGAGGAACUGCCACGUUAACGAGUGUUUGAACCGCAAAGUCAGCGGCUGUACCCAGGACUGUCAAGACCUACCUGUGGGAUACAAGUGUUCGUGCUGGCCGGGGUUUCAUCUGAAAAACGACGGCAGGACUUGCAUUGACGUGGACGAAUGUUCCGAAAACUUUCCCUGCAGUCACCAGUGCAUCAACACCUACGGGUCUUUUCACUGCCUGUGUGCUGACGGGUAUCAGCGUCCCGCCAGUAACCCGCACAGCUGCAGGUCUCUCUCAGGUACUCUGCUCUGUUCAGUGGCUGAGGGACUCAGUAAUGUCAUCUCUCUAGACUUUGACUACAGGAAGGAGUUGAUCUAUUGGAUUGACACUAGCAGGCCCAGCGGACGCAGAAUAAACAGAAUGCGCCUGAAUGGAAGUGACCUCAAGGUGGUUCACAGGACGUCGGUCCCCAGUGCUCUCUCUGUGGACUGGAUCGGCAAGAACUUGUACUGGUGUGACGGCGAGAGAAAGACCCUCGAGGUGGCGAAAGCUAAUGGACUCUACCCGACUGUACUGCUGAGGACUGGCUUGAGAAAUCCAACCGCUCUGGCUCUCGACACUCUCAUGGGAUUUGUUUUCUGGAUCGACUGUUGCGAGCAGCCCCAAAUUGGACGGAUUGGCAUGGACGGCAGCAAGCCACGUGUCAUAAUCGAUACAGAAAUGCAUUCUCCCUCAGCCUUGACCAUUGACCACAUCAACAAAAGGAUCUACUGGGCCGACGAGAACCAUAUCUUAUUUUCAAAUAUGGAUGGUACAAAAAGACACAAAGUCCCAAUCAAGGACAUAGGUGGCGUAACGGGUCUCGCACUGUUUGAGGACUUCAUCUACUGGUGCGACCAGAAGUCGAAAACCCUCAGUCGCUCGCACAAGACAUCCGGUGGCCAACAUACAGAACUUCUCAGCUCCUGGCAAACUAUUCGAGACAUUAAAGUCUACCAUCCGCUCCGACAGCCUGACGUGCCAAAGCAUCAGUGUCAGGUGACUAAUGGAGGAUGCAGUCACCUAUGCCUUCUUUCCCCUGGUGGGGGAUACAAGUGCGCUUGCCCUACGCACUUCUACCUGGCGAACGACAACAAAACCUGUCUGUCUAACUGCACCGCCAGUCAGUUCCGCUGUGGUACGGAUGAGUGUAUUCCCUUCUGGUGGAAAUGCGACACCGUGGACGACUGCGGAGAUGGAUCCGACGAGCCGGCAGAUUGCCCGGCGUUUAAAUGUCAGCCCGGAAGGUUCCAGUGCGGAACGGGUUUGUGUGCCCUCCCUCCCUUCAUCUGUGAUGGAGAGAAUGACUGCGGAGACAACUCGGAUGAAGCCAACUGUGACUCAUAUAUCUGCCUUUCUGGCCAGUUUAAGUGCACUAACCGGCAGAAGUGCAUCCCUAUAAACCUGCGCUGUAACGGACAAGAUGACUGCGGAGAUGGUGAAGAUGAAACCGAUUGCCUGUCCAAGCUGUGGGUGUGUGACGAGGACCCCGACUGCGCCGACGGCUCGGACGAGGCCAACUGCGAUGAAAAGACAUGUGGGCCGCAUGAAUUUCGCUGCAAGGACAACAACUGCAUACCGGACCACUGGAGGUGUGACGGGCAGAGCGACUGCAACGACAAUUCAGACGAGGAGAACUGCAAGCCAGUAACAUGCAACUCAAAAAAUUUCAUUUGUGCCAACGGAGAGUGCAUCUCCUCACGCUUCCGUUGCGACGGCGACUUCGACUGCACUGAUAACUCAGACGAGAGAGGCUGUGAGAGCCACUGCUCCGAGGAUCAGUUUCAGUGCCUGAAUCAUCUCUGUAUCUCAGUCAAAUGGCUCUGUGAUGGACAGGAAGACUGCAAAACCGGGGAAGAUGAGGCCAACUGCAGCCCUGCCAACACUGCCAUGACAGCUCGGCCUACGUCAUGUGCUCAGAAUGAGUAUGUUUGUGUUGGAGGAGGCUGUGUGUCGGCUGGCCAGCGCUGUGACGGACAAAACGACUGUUCAGACGGCUCUGAUGAGGUGGACUGUAUCCGGGAGUGUAAGGAGGAUGAGUUCCUGUGUCGUAAUCGGGCACACUGUGUUCCCGCUCGCUGGAGGUGCGACCGAGUCUUUGACUGCCUGGAUCAGAGUGACGAGGACAGCUGUGACCAGGGGUCGUUGGCGUGCCGUGCAGACGAGUUUGUUUGCAACAACACGCUGUGUAAGCUGCUGGUCUGGCUGUGUGAUGGUGAGGAUGACUGCGGAGACAACUCUGAUGAAGAUUCAAACAUGUGCGGAAAGUUGCCAUGUCCUCCAAACAGACCGUUCCACUGCAGGAAUGACAGAGUAUGUCUGCGGACCGAACAAAUCUGCAACGGAGUGAAUGACUGUGGCGACAAUUCAGACGAAGUUGACUGUGCGGACGUGGUCAAAAGGCCGAGGCCAUGCGGGAAGUCCGAAUUCUCCUGUGCCAAUCACCGCUGCAUCCCGGCCGAUCUGCACAUUUUGUGUUUUUCUGUCCUUCGAGGAAACUUGAAGGAAGCAUAUGUCUCAAGAUCAUCAGAUAAGCUCUCUUCUUGGCUCACUCAGGUGUCCAAUCCAUGUGCAAAGAUGAAUUGUGCUUUCCUUUGCCUCCUGAACCCCAGUGGGGCCAGAUGUGUGUGUCCUGAGGGGAAAAUUCUGCUGAACAGGACCUGCACGGACACCAACAUCUCAGGAGAUCUUUGUCGUCCGACCUGUGAGAACGGAGGUCGUUGUAUCACCAAUGAACGAGGGGAAUCGCGCUGCUUCUGUUGGCCGAACUACUCUGGGGAGCGAUGUGAAAUCAGCCACUGUAAGGAUUUCUGCCUCAACGGAGGCACUUGCACAGGAUCUCCACUAGGUAAGCCCACGUGUCGCUGCGCUCUGGGUUUCACCGGUCCUCUGUGUGAGAAGCGUGUUUGUGACAGUUACUGUCUGAACGGAGGCACAUGUGAGGUGACCCUAGGGAACCAACCCGUGUGCCACUGUCUGUCAGAAUACACCGGAGAACGCUGUCAACACCAUAUUUGUCACCAUUAUUGCGUGAACUCCAAAGGCUGCACUCUGUCCGGCUCGGGACACGUGGAGUGUGUGUGUCCCACCCGCUACGAGGGGCCAAAAUGCGAGACGGACCGAUGUCUUCGCUGCCGAGGGGCCCCGUGUAUCAUAGACGAAGAGACUGGAGACGUCGCCUGCAACUGUACGAACGGCAGAAUCGCAGCCAGCUGUCAGUUGUGUGACGGAUACUGUUAUAACGGCGGAACCUGCCACCUCGACUCUGAGACGGCCCUGCCGUUCUGUCAGUGUUCUGCAAACUGGUCAGGAACACAGUGCGAAAGACCUGCAACCAAGACCAGCCGUUCAGAAAAUGUCAGCGGGAGAAGUAUUGCCAUAAUAGUGCCUCUAGUUCUUCUUGUAUGCAUUAUCACCGCUGUUGCAGUGGGACUCCUUAUUUGCAAAAGAUGUCGAAGAGGUAAACAGGUUCAGCGGCAGCCUAUGGCCAAUGGUAGCUUGAAUGUGGAGAUUGGGAAUCCAUCCUAUAACAUGUACGAAGUUGAUAACGACAAUCACGUAGACGUGGGAAGCUUUCUUCACCCCAGCUUCACCCUUGACCCUCAUAAGGGCUGGUGUGUGAAGUCAAGCGACCAGCGCAAUUUGCCCCCCGCGCGCCCACUGACUGCACACACUUUACCCAUCCAGAACGUUCCAAAGGAGCUCAUUCCAGGACAGGCCAUGAACUAUUCAAACUCCAUCUACUCAAAGAUGACGUACCAUGACGGACAGCACUGUCGAAAGCCAGUCAUCAACCUCGACACGAAACGCCAUUUACUCCCAAAGAGGCUGGAAACGACGAUUCGAGAAACGGCGGCGUAACCUAGCUUUUCCACAACCUGCUUCGUUUUUGUUUUUUAUAAAGAGCUGUAUAAAUAUAUGAAAAAAAAUCAACUUUUUAUGUCCAGUCAGGUUAAAUCAUCUCACUUUGCGUCCCAUAUAUAUGUGCUGAUUUUCUUUUGAACAGUUUCUUUCUGUUGCAACCAAAAUGUCCUUUUAUAAAUGACAAAUGCAGUGUUUUCCUUUGCUUUGUGACUUUGUAAAUGCACUACACAAAUAUGAAAAAAAAAAAGAAACGGACAAAGCUGCUCAAUCUCAAAAGGCUUUAUAUACAUUUAAAGAUAAUUUUAUAUAGGUUUAUUUAACUACACACUAUGUAUAUGUUUUCCUGUUGGUGAAAGGAUUGCCAAUGCCUAGAUAUUCCCAAGUUGCCUCUUACAUUUAGCAGUAUUAGAAAAAAAGAGACACUUAUUUAAAAAAAUGCAUCAUAUGCUCAUCACAGAUUUUAUUUUUGAUAUCUCUCAUCGAUGUUUCUCGCAUAUGUUUAUCUUUAAGUUGACCGGUGUUUCCAGGCGCUUCAAAUAUGCAGUCAAAACCAAAAGUGAAACCAACCCACGAUGGUUUUUGCAACUGUACAACUUGAAAACCAUGUUAUUUCAUUUUCAUAUCGCAAAAUGUCUUUCAGCACUGAAAAGGACUGAAAACGGAUUUUAUGUCACACAGCCUCACUUUCACUCACUGGUUGUGAAACGACACGCGUGGGACUCUUGUAAUGCCAUGUUUGAUGAAAAAAAAAACACAUUCUCUGUGCAAAUGUACACAACUAGAGGACAAGGAAAAAAGUUUUAUAAUUUUAUAGUUGAUUUGUACGUCCGGUUUGCUUGUAUUUUCUGGAAAUGUAUUAAAUGUAGAACUUUUAUACAAAACGAUGUACACAGUUUACUGGUCCGUCUUCACUUUGGGUUGAAGUGUUUUUAACUACAAAAUAAACUAGCUUGAUAUUGCACUGUGCAAUCGUACAGGUUGCUGUUGAAUAAGGGGAAAUGUAGGACAUUUAUUAUUUAAAUACAUACAGAUACACCUAAUGUGAUU